UGUUACGGAAGAAGCGUCCAAGUUUUCAACCAUAUCAAAUAUUUGCUAAUGUGAUCUCAAGCAGCGUACCUACACAAAACUGCAAAAUGUGUAUUUUGAUUUUUACUCGGAUCAAUAUGAUAAUAACGACUCAAUUAUUCGUAUUUUUCACCGUAUUUGGCUGUAUUGUUUAUGCAGCAGAGACGCCUUACAAAGCCUGUAAUCCAGACGAUCCCAUUUACAAAAAUAUAGAAAUGCUGAGUUCGCAUUGCAAUUCGACACCAUGUCCUUUUAAACGAGGAUCCAAUGUCACUUUAAGUGCUUCAUUUAUUCCAGAAGAAACACAUUCAAAAAUGUACACCAUAAUGUAUUUCGAUUUAAACGGUGUAAAAGUAAAUUAUGAAGUGGAACAUCGUGUAAAUGUCUGCAAUCAUAUUUUCUCUCAUCCUGAUAAAGUAAAAGUUGGCUGCCCCAUACAAAAAGGAAAACGAUAUAUUUUUGAAAGAACAGUUUACGUAUUACCAAAUGUACCCAAACUGCCAAAAGUGGUAGUCCAUUGGGCAAUACGAGAUCACGAUACCAAAAAAGACAUCGUAUGCUACGAUAUAUUAGUAAAAAUUGUUUAAUGUACAUUUUUAAAUUUUUGAUAAUUAUUAUGUUAAUUAGGAAGAUAAGUUUAACUUCAAGAAAAUAAAAAAUACACAUUUUAUAAUUAUACAUACAGCUUAUUGACUGAA